CCAGCUAAAAUAGAAAACAGAGAAAACGCACUCAGUCUGUAAUAUGCUCUUUAUCCGUUCGGCGGCACCAGCAGCAGCAGCAGCGGCCGCACUUGUGAUCCCGGUGUGGAAUUAUUAUUAUUUUGUUAUUCAAAAGUCUGGCCCUCCUUCCUUCCCCCAAACAAACCGCCAUCUCCCGCCCCAAGCCCCCCAGUUUACCGUUUAAAAGUUGGUUCCGCGCACUGCCUCGGUGUUUCGGUGUUUCGGCGGGGUUUCCGAAAUUCGCGCGCGCGGCUCCGUGUUGCGUGCUACUGCUUGCAAGGGUGAUGGUGGCUGCUCCGAGUGAUUAGAAAUCAUUAGUAGCUGCAACCCCCGUGCGGGAGCACAACUCCGGAUAAGAGAAGGUUUCAGUGUGAAACGACUAAUACACGGUACUGCAUCCUGCGGGACUGAUUUUCGGCAUGCAUUAGUUCAUCUAAAAGGCAAACAAUUUGAAAAGAAAACAACAACAAGUUUAAACCCUUUCUGUGUGAACUUUGGAAAUACGCACGGGGCUACGGAAAGCAUGUGAAAGAGUGUGUUUUGAAGUGCUAAAGUUGUGUUGAAACCGAAAUCUUCCAAUUCUGCAACGUGCAACCAGCUACAGAAGCAACAGACACAGGCCGCACAAAAUAUGUAGAAGAGUGCAAACAUCUGAUACGAUUUGUUAUAUCGUUUUGUUUUUUUUUGCUUUUCCUUUUGCGCUCCGUUAUUUUUUUAUGAUACAAAACCCCCAACCCAAUAGUGUGUUAAGUUUUAGUGUGUGAAAAUUCAAGUGACAGUGUGUGCUUUCAUCCGGAAUUUUGCCUCUUCUUUUCUCACCCAUGUUUGGCAGGACUUUAAAAAACGAGGGUAGCUUACCAAUAUCGUUCAGUUAAACAGUCACUUACGCUCUGCAAACUGUAUUUUCAAACCUUGCAACAAACACACACUCACGGUGCCGGUAUUAGCUGCUGUCAAAAUUACAAGCUCACAAGCUAACGUUUAACGCCCAGGGAACAUUUUAAGUGAGGCAUAGUUUAACAAAAAAAAAAAGCAAAAAAAGAAGAAAAAAACCGCAACUAAAAAUGGUGCCAACAACGGACAAAGUAAUGCAAAAAGUAUGAAACAAUUUGCCCGGUACGAUUAAUUUGUCUCGCGCGGGUCAAUCACCACCAUCGCCACCGCCGCCAACGAGCUCAAGGACGAGGACAGAGCGCGCCCAUUUGCUAAAAUUGGGAACCAUUUAAAACUGCAUUAACCCAGCGCUCGGGGGAGGAAAUAGUUGCACUUUUUCGCAAACAUCACCGAUAACAGGGAAAAAAGAAGAAGCGCGCGUGUGUCCAUUUGCUCCACUGCUGUGGAUUUAACCAACGUUGCGCAAGUAAUUAGAAUGGCUGGCGGAAAAUCUGGCACCGCUGGUGGAACUGCUGCCGCCCGGUGGUGGUGCUGCUGUCGUCGAUGAACAGCCUGGCUCGCUAUCCGCGAAGUUUCGCGCUUAGUGCGUCCUGCAGUGUGAAGCGCCCGCCAAUCCAGAGCAUAGCGUUUGACCCGGAGCAUAUCAUCGGUGUGCUCUGCCUGCGCGCGUCCGCGUCCGCUUUCAAACGUUCCAAUCCAACAAAACGGUGCUGAUAAGGUGUCUGUGUGCGUCUGAGACGGGUGAAGUGCGUGUGUGAGAUGUUGUUUUAGUUUAUUACUAUUUUGUUCUGAUUGAGUGUGAUCAAGACUAUAAUUUGAGCAAAAAUCGGCAAGAAACAAGCGUUAGCGAGGGAAAGAGCAGAAAUACAACAAACACGCCGUUUAUUACCGUUGCUCUGCGCGCGUGCAGCCGUUUGGAGUGUCUUCCUGUUUGAUUUUUGGCGUAACCUUUUACAUUGUGAUGACGAUAAAUAAAUGCUACCGAUAAUAACGUGAAACGUUGUUUAUUAUAGAGCGAGCAGCAGCGAGUUACCAGAGUACCAGAAAAAGGGAGAACACACAAUCAUUUUGGUUUUUCUUUCGUUGCCUCCUUUACAGACUACACUCAGCUCGAUCGUUUCGAGAAUCAAACAAAAAAUACAUAACAAAAAAAAAACAGUAAAAACAGAAGUAGAAAGAAAAGCUAGAACAGAACUUGCUUUCCUUCCCUCACCCCAUUCCGAACCAGGCCUGGAACCGUUAUUCAACAGGAAUGGCUCGCAUGAACUAGACCUAGCGGCUUGGUUCCCCGGUUUACUGGCAGCGCCUUCACCGACACUGGUAAAGCGAAACGGAAGGAAGAACUCCCCAAGAGGCGGCCAUAAACGCUUGCAAAAGAGAGAAAGACAGUUGCAAUAAACGCUCAGCACAAACAGUUGAAGCGAGAGAGAGAGAGAAAAAAAAGGAAGGCUUUCCAAUACACUGCCCGGAGGUGAGCCGACCGCCAAAACGAUGGCGAUCAACUUUUCGGCCUCGUUCGCGGCCUGCCUGGCGGCCGGGCUGAAGGUGCCGCGCCAGAUCAUGUACUGCAUCUCGCAGGAUACAGCCCCGUACGUGCUGUACAAGGAUUCGCAGGAAGCGGCCGAGCGGGGGGCGGCCGCCGCCGCCGCCGUCCAGUGGGGCAAUGCCGAGGGCCAGGCCAUCUACCAGCAGAACGCGCAGAACCAUCUGCAGGCGCACAUGAACGGGGCGGCGACGCAGCAGCAGCUGGUGGCCGCGGCUGCCGCUGCCGCCGCUCAGCACCAUCACCAGCAGCAGCAGCAGCAGCAGCAGCAGCAUCACCAGCAGCAGCAGACAUCCGCCAAUCACAGUCCGCCGAAUCAGGACAAUAGGCCACAGCAACCGGGUGAACAAGCGAAUGGUCAUCUACACAGCCCGGCCACUAGUCCGUAUCCUGCGAAUAACGGUCCAGACAUUGAGGAAGAUUUGAUCAAGGUACAAAGCAUGCAACAAGCCGUUCAGCACCAGCAGCAGAACGGGCAGCAACAGUUGGUCCAGCAGCAGCAGCAACAGCAAGGUGGCAACAACUCCUCCGGCAAUCAUCCGAACGAUCCGAACCAGCAGGGCAAUCCAUCGGCUCCCGGCUCCGGCGGUGGCGGUGGUGGUGGCGGCGGUGGCGGACCACCAGGACCGCCCGGGUGCUUCGGGAACGAGGCCGCCUCCCAGGCCGAGCUGAACUACUACGCGCAGCGGCAUCACGCCGCCGGUCCGCAGGGCGCGAUGCUACCGCCGCCCGGCUUUGCCCCACUGCACCACUAUCUCAACCAGAAGGGCGUCCUGCCGGUGGGCAUGCCGGCCGGGCUCGACCAGUCCGGGGCGCUCGAGCAGUACGGCAUGCCGGACCUGCUGCACGGCGGCGCCAACGCACCCGGGAACGCUCCCGGUGCGCCCGGAGCAGCCGGCAACCAACAGCAGCAGCAGCAGCAACAGCAGCAGCAGCAGCAACUCCACCACUCACCCACCAACGGUGGUGUCGCUCCGAACGGUAAUGCCGGCGCUGGCAGCACCACCGCCGGCGGCGGCGGCACUACCGGCGGCCACGCCAAGUCGAGUAAAAACUCCGACCUGCGGCUGUUCAAGUGUUUGACGUGCGGGAAGGACUUCAAGCAGAAGAGCACGCUGCUGCAGCACGAGCGCAUCCACACGGACUCGCGCCCGUACGGCUGCCCCGAGUGCGGCAAGCGCUUCCGGCAGCAGUCCCACCUGACGCAGCACCUGCGGAUACACGCGAACGAGAAGCCGUUCAGCUGCGCGUACUGUCCGCGCAGCUUCCGGCAGCGGGCGAUCCUGAACCAGCACGUCCGCAUUCACUCAGGUGAUAAGCCGUUCGGCUGCCCGUAUCCGGAGUGUGGCAAAAAGUUUCGACAAAAGGCCAUACUGAACCAACAUGUGCGCACCCAUCAAGAUGUGUCUCCGCAUUUGAUCUUCAAGAACGGUCCGCAUGCGACGCUCUGGCCCCAGGACGUGCCGUACCCGCCCGAGCUGGAGAACGCCCAGCCGAAGGACGAGCAAGCGUUCGGCGACGAGGCGUCCCAGGGCGGCGGCGAGUCGCGCGGCUGCUUCUCGCCCGACAACUAUCCGGCCUACUUCAAGGACGGCAAGGGCGUGAACCACUCCAUCUUCGGCAACAAUCUGCAGUAUCUGAACAAGGCGACGGGCGGCAAGGCGAUGCUGCCGGAUGUGAUCCAGCACGGCCGGUCGGCCGGUAUGCCGCUGUACGUGCGCUGCCCGAUCUGCCAGAAGGAGUUCAAGCAGAAGAGCACGCUGCUGCAGCACGGCUGCAUACACAUCGAGUCCCGGCCGUACCCGUGCCCGGAGUGUGGCAAGCGCUUCCGGCAGCAGUCCCACCUGACGCAGCAUCUGCGCAUCCACACGAACGAGAAGCCGUUCGGGUGCAUGUACUGUCCGCGGUUCUUCCGGCAGCGCACGAUCCUGAAUCAGCACAUCCGUAUACAUACGGGCGAGAAACCGUACCGGUGUGGACAGUGCGGCAAAGACUUCCGGCAGAAGGCCAUCCUUGAUCAGCACACUCGGACGCACCAGGGCGAUCGACCGUUCUGCUGCCCGAUGCCAAACUGCAGGCGACGCUUCGGUACCGAGCAGGAGGUGAAGAAACAUAUCGACAACCACAUGAACCCGCACUCUUCGAAAUCGCGCAAGCAGGCCGCCCUAAACAACAACAACAACAACAACAACAACAGCAACAACAACAACAAUAGCAGCAGUAACAAUAACAACAAUAACGACAACAGCGAAGCCGCACGCAACAACGGCACGGCGAAUGGAACCAAUGCCAGCGGCAACAACAACAACAACAACGCCGCCACCGCCAACAAUAAUAAUAAUAACAACAAUAAUAACAAUAACAACAACAACAACAACAAUGGCAUUAUUGAGCAGAAGGUAUCGCCCACGUUCCUGAUGGACAAGCAGAACCAGCUGAUCCAGCGCAUGGCGGCACCGGUCAAGCACGAGCUGUACUUCCCGCAGUGCUACGGCCCACCCUUCAACCAAUCGUUCGUGGCCGGGGCGGCUGCAGUGGCGGCUGCGAAUGCGAACGGGCAGGCGGCAGCGGCUGCCGCCGCAGCUGCGGCAGCAGCCGCCGCGGCCUCGCUUAGUGGUAGUGGUCCACCCCAGCAGCAGCCGGGCGGAGCGGGCAAUCAGCAGCCAGUGCCGCCGCCGCCCCAUGCCAACGGACCGUCCGUGCCGCCACCUCAGGUCUCAGCAGCGGCCGCUGCAGCCGUGGCAGCCGCGAUCGUGGCCGCCCCCGUACCGCAGGCCGUCGUGGCGCAGUGAUAUCCGAGCGAUCCACAGCAUUUGGUUCACCUGCCGCAGCAACAGCAGCAACAACAUCCAGCACCACCCCCGCCACCACCACCGCCACCACCACCACCACCACCAUCGUCAGCAUCCGGUCCCAUGCAUCACCCGCUAGGUACGAUGGCUAAUGGACACUAAACCAGCGCCGUUUGGAGCUUGGCAGCGGAUGGCCGGAUGGUCCAGUAAAUUGUCUCGAUACUAUGGUUUCUGCCACCGAACCCGAACCAAUUUCAACCCGGAUUUCUGGGUUAGCUUUUACAACCGUGCAGCGAUUGUCAAAUUCGCGAUCGAUAAGGAGGAGAGAUUUGUGGGGACAAGAAACAGGCGAACAGACGGCCAGCAGGACCGCAGGUGUGCAAGAUCGUAAUCGAAACCAAAGACUGAACGCGGGAGUAGAGCGGAGCGAGAGCAUUUCAACGGGCGAGCGCAAAGGGAGAACAAGCGGACAAAACCUGUGGAUCGGAUCGAAGCAGCGCUUGAGCAGCGCUUAAGCAGCUGAGAGAGAGCGGAGCAGUAAAACACACACUCGCUGUCCGGGACAGCAGGGGCAAUGAUGGGGGCAAUGCAAUGCCGCUCCCCUAGCAACGAUUGGUUACCAGAUGCAAGGAGCAAGAAGGGAAGCACUGAAGCAGGAAGACAGGCAAACGGGAGAGACUUCAACGCUGCAGCAAGCUAUGAGGCCUAAACCAGGACGUAAGAGAAAAAUACCCUCGGCAAGCUAAAAAAAGGGGUGUCAAUUUUCGUUUUUUUAUACUGUCAUUUCUAGUUUGUACAAAUCAUUUUAAGCUCCUUCUUUUUUUUUCUUUUUGUUAAUUUUAUUUACUAUAAUUUCACUCAACAAGGGGCGGGCUUCACAACUCGCCAGAGCAGACACGGUGAGCUGCUGUAAAGUGUGUCCACUAGAUUUAGCGAGCAUUCGGUGAGCACCUGGCAGCAUUGUUUUGUUUUUCGCAGGCACGCAUAAUUGUUUUAUUCUAAGCUAAUUAGGUAAGCAAGCAACGGGGACACGACAGCAAUGCAUAUACCUCUAUACGCGAUCGAUAAGACGAAUAGAUUUAAAAUGUAAUGUCUGCAAAACCACACACACACACACACACACAUAUGCGCACACACGACGUACAAAGCGCCACACCAGCCACACAGUGUGUCUAACAUAGUGAACAGUACUGUAUUAACUUUAACUAUUGGUCGUUUUUUAUGGCAAUCGUUAGUGAUUUUGUUUUACAUUUUAUAUCUCUCGCUCAUUAUCACUCUCUCUCACUCUUUUUCUCUCUGUGUGUCUCUGGUGUCGUGUACCGCGAAUAGUGCAAUAGCUACAGUAUAGUACUACAACCUUUAUACAAACAGAUGGUGCUAUUUUUCUUAUUGAAAGAGGGCGUUUUUUACACCACUCACACUCAGUAACACACAUCCACUACUCUCCUCAACCAAACCGAGCAACCGAUGCAAUAGACAAAUGGCUACGUUUUUUACAUACCCCGUUACACACCGCCAUUUUUGUGCAAAUGAAAAGGGCAAGCGAUUGAAGGGUGUGACACAGGGACAGAUUUUUGUUGUUUUUUAUUCUCGGGUGGAGAGAUGAAGCGAGAUUCACGUAGAGUUAAUGAAGAUACCGCAACCGCAAUAGGGAAUACAAGGUGGAGAGGAUCAACGUUAGUGCAAUUAAGUUAUAUUAUACAAUACAGGCAGGAUAUACUACUAUAGUUACACAAGCAAACCAAGAGAUACAACACACACCCAAACACACACCACGUACACGCAACCGGAACUCUGGAUGUACUUUUGUAUCCACUUGUUCUCAACCUCGUUCAGGCCCUUUCCCUCCGUCUGGGGGAGAGGUGCCAAACAUUAAGCAGGCGCCAACCAGCCACUGCUGGCAAUAGUUAAGGACCUUAGGGAGACAGCAAGCAGCACUCCGCUCUAUCACACAGGGGGGGGAGUGAUCUUACUAAGUCACCGAACAGACACACAUAGAACACACGAUAGAACAAUAUACAGUUGUUAUUUAGUACCUACAAUAUAUACAAUAAUAGAGAGAGAGACAGAGAGACAGCUAGCGGAACAGACAAAAUGGGACAAACACACACACAUAAAGAGAAGAGAUAGCAGAGAAGUAGACAAGAGUGAGAAGAGAAAGAAGCAACCAAGAGUUAAGUCAACAAUAGUAAAUUGAAGUAACAUGGAUCAGGAUCGCAAAUCAACCGAAACAAUAGUAUCCACCAAACAUGGAUAACCGGAACUGGAUAAUAGAAAGUCCGUUUCCUUUUUCGCUCAUCGUUUUUGCCACCCCCUUCCGUUGGGACCUGACCAUUAAGCCGCCGCGGUCAAGUGCCUUGUGUAGCAUGUACUCAAGCAUGUUUUUUUUUGUUUUUUGGUUUUUUUUAACUGUUUCUCGUCACACAACAAUAGAACAGAACAAUCAAAACAACCAAUUAAAUGUGGCAGUGGUAGUAGACUUAAGUAAACAGAUGAAGCUAAAGCAGGGAGAAGCGUAAGCAUAAGGAAGGUCUAGUGAGGGAGAGAAUAUCUGGACACUGGCACGCUGGUGUGUGUGUGUGUGUGUGCAUGUACGUCGUGUGGUUUGUUAACGUAAAAAAAAACGAAGCAAAACAAAAUGUCUCCAAUGGGUGCGCGUGUGUGUGUGUAUUUAGUAAAUUUUGUUCAUAAUAUGUGUUGUAGUUUUCACUCUUUAUUUGCACCCUGGUACAAAAUGGGGUAUGGUAUUGUAUGGUUUUCAUAUGUUUACGUUUUUUUUUUUUUAUUAUACAUCUCGCAUCUCAAGCAUCGCGCAUAAAGGAUGUGAAAAUAAGGGUUAAAAUGUAAAGGAAUAAAAGGGACACUUGGGAGGGUUUGUUGUGCCAUCGGUCAAAACUGUGGUGGCCAGAAGGCAAAAACUGUGGAAAAAGAAGAAGGCAGUGUGGGUAAAACUGGAACGUGUGCCAUGCUUUUCAAUUGAACUGCCAAAGAAAACACUAGCACCGUGAAGGUUGAUCGGCAAGCGGAAGAUACAAGAGGAAUCAUUAACGUUGAAAUGGGGAAAAAAGAUAAAGGAAACGAAAGAAGCAAAAUGUUAGCAGAAAGUGUAACGAUUAAAGGAGAAGUGGUGCAGCUACAAAGAAAUGAAAGCACUCACACUAAAAAAAGGAAAAAUAGAAACAUGAAAACACAAUAUUUGCAAAACAAAACACAGUAACAGUAUAACACAGUGUAAGAAUGUAAUGACGGAAAGGUAACACGUUGCCGUGUGGUAAAACAAAUAAGGUAAAACAAUCGGUAAAAGCAGAAAAAGGAAGUCAAAGCGUUAAAGAAAUGGGAGAAAAUCUCGAAUUUAAAUGGAAGAGAAAUGGUUGAACACACAAAUAACUAGAAUGUAUAAAAAAAACGAAGAAAAUAAUAAUGGAAAAAAUCGCAUACUUACGAAGCAAACCAACCAAGUUGGCAAAGCAACCGCUGGCUAAAUGCGGGAGCGGCAGCAACAUGAUUACUUUUGGAGUGAGUGACGUGGCAUUUAGUAACGGCUGGCCGGCACCCAUGAGUGCAGGCAUGUGAGUGCGUUAAGAUGGUGAAGAGCAGGAGGGGGGAAACUAAAAUGUGUUUAUAUUGUCGUGUCGUGGAUCCAAUCGGACGUGUAGGAUAGUAUCAGAGUUUUGGUUUUUUGUUUUCGAUUUAUCUAUAUGAUUUUAGUUUUCGUCUUCUCAUACCUUUAACGCCGAUAGUUUAUACACUCCUACACCUUACCUUGUCCCGCGCAACCAUCCCCAUGUUUUGUUAGGUUACCUUUUAGAGCUUUAGUUAAGCCGGUGGCAGCUGGUUACGGCUGGUUAAACUGCUGAAUGAUGAGAAAAAAAAACGGCAAUUCGUCUGUGGUUUCGUGUGAAUUAGAUUUACCGAAUUUUAGGCAAACAAAAAUUAAAGUAAAAUAGUCCAUUUAUGUUUCUUUUCGAAAAAGAAACGCGUAGUGUAGAAAUUGGAAAUGUUUGUGCAAUGUUUGGCUAUGCAAAAUUAUUUAAAAAAAAAAUUAAGGGUAAACAGGACCCAACACGGACGGAGUCACGGAAAGUGGUAGUGAAGAAAGGGUGAUCGUUAGGUGUAGUGAAGGGGAAACAGGCAGGAUCUGAUUUAAGGAAAGUUAUAAUUUAAAAACUAAUAAGAUUAUAGUUUUUUUUCUAUAGAGUUAUAAGCUGCUGAAGGAUGUGUAUAUUUCAAUUAUAUUUUUUUGACAGCAAGCUAAGCAUGUGUUUUGUUGCAAGAUUUCUUAUGUUAUUAUUUCUGCUCCUCUGCUUCUGUUACAGGGCUGUUAUCUCUUUUUAUUACAAUCUUUCUUUCUUUCCUAAUACCGAUUUGAGCAUUUUGUAGCAAAAAAAAAUUGCAAAUUGUAUUUGACGCUGUAUUAAUAUUCCGUUUUGCUUAUUUAUUUUCAAAUGUUUUAUCGAAGCUACAAAUCGUUACGAAAGCAAUUUACGCGUAGUGAAGCAGCUUGUUUCGUUGUUUUAUUUUUGUUUAUCGAAGUAAUUUGAUUUUAUAUGAUUUUGUUUUUUUGUUUGUGAUCUGCGCAGCUAAAAAAAGAGGGAUAAGUUCACCUUUCACCCCAAAACGGCACAAAAAACCACGUUAAAAUGGGGAGAAAAAAGCAUACGGAAAGCAGUAAGAGGUCGCGUGCAAGUGCAAGCAUAAGCACAAGCAGCUAGCAGAAAGAGAAGGAAGGAAGCAAAAGAACUGUGAUAAAAAAGAAACAUACAAAACAAAGAACACACACGUGAGCACAAACGAAAAAAAAAGAGCGUAACAAUUCUCAUAAUCUAACACAUAAAGUAGGCGGAAAGGCAAACCCAAUGUAGGUAAAGAAAGGAAGGUAAGCUAGAAAAGGUGGAAGAAAAAAGCAUAGAAGUAUUUCUAAAUUAUAACAUUUUAUUUUGCACACCUGUUUCGGAAUAAAAAGCGGAAACCCCAAACGUGGUAGUAAACAAACGUGAUGAAAAAACAAAAAAGGUGAAAUGUUGGGGCGAAAGAAAGUGAUAAAUAAAAACAAAAAAGGUCGUCUUUAGGCAAAAGGAAGAAAACAUACGAACGGAUUACAAAACAAAAACAAAAAAAAAGAAGGAAACUGAAGCUACUUUUAGGCGUAUGGCGGGUGCCGAAAAAGGUAUAAUGAAAUGAAAGAGAGAGAAAGUACGAUAAGAAGAAAAGAAACUCAAAAACUGUUUAGGACAAAUGUUUAACAAAAUUUUUGUUUUUAAGAAAAUUAUAUAUAUACACCAAAUGUGAAAUGCUAGGAAUGGGCGGUGUUUUUGGAAUGUGAAGUGAACGGAGGUGGCAAAAUUACGAAAAACAUACACGGAACAAAUUAGUCAAAAAAAAAGGAAGGGAACGAAAACAAGAAAAAACUUAACAAAAAAUGGGCAAUGUAAAGAAUGAGGCAAAAAAGGGAGAGCGAGAGGGAGAGUGCUGCGUGUAAAUGACAAAACAAAAACAAAACAAAAAAAAGCAGUGAAAAACAAAAGGUGUUCACAAAAUUACUGUUUCGGUUUGUACAAAAACGAAAAAAAAACGGAGAAGUAGAAGGAAACAAAAUUGUUUUUAGUAGCUAAAAGUGUUGACUGUGGUUCGAGAAAUGAUAAUUCUCUCUAUCUCUUUUUAGGCAUCUCUUUAGGUAUAUGAAAGCAAAACGAAGUAAAAUAACACACACUCACACACGUAUAUAUACUUCUCUUUAGGCAAUCAAAAUUUAAUCUAGAAAACGAAAGUGAACAAAACGAUCGAAUAGAAAAACAAACAAAAAAUAGUCACAGCAGCACUCAGCUGUGUAUGUGUGUUAGUGUAUGAUGUUUACGUAUGAUGUAUGUGUACAAACAGAUCGGUCGAAAAUACUCUCGCUCGAAUGACACAGAAGAGACACAGCCACGAUCACGCUCACGCUCACGCUCACUCUCACGCCCACAGGAAAAAGGGAUUUUCUUGUUUUCUGUUGCUUUCCCAGAGUAGGGCGCCCCCACCACCACCACCACCAUGAACAACAUCACAUUAAAGGUUGUUUUAUUUUGUGUUAUCUAAAUUUAAUACUUUUAGGCAAAAACGUUAUUCAAAAUUAAAUGAUCGGUGUGUGCACGAUCGACUAUUUUCUCGGCUGUUAAGCAACUGUUUUGGAAAACGCAACGACAAACCAAAUUCUCUGAGUGUUUAGUGUGGUUAGAUGAAAGGAGGAGUGUUAAGCUUUUUUCUGCCAAUGUUUCUGUGAGUUCCGAGCAAAAGGCAAAGGUUCUUUGUGUGCGUGUGAGCAAAGGUGCUGCACGGGGUUCUUCCAACCUUCCCAAUUUAACAUCAUCCGGUUCUGUAAAAAAAUAAAAAAAAAACGUUUCGGUAGCGGAUGCCACCUGGUGUGCCAUACGGGAAUGAACGGGAGUUGGGAGAGGAUCUCUUUAUUUAAAAAACAAACAAAUAACACAUACCCUCCUACCCCGUUUUUGCAUAAGGAUAAGCGAUGUGCAGUGCAGUUAACUGUUCUUUAGUUUCCCAUUUUAAAAACUUUCUUUCAAAGCCUUCAAGCCGCUGUCAGAUACGAUCAUAGCACAUUCGGUUUUGCUACCAAUCUUUAUCAUUUCUACUUUCUUUUGCGUUCCAAGCGUUAUCGGAUCUGAUUAAGUAUACGACACAGCAAAACACUUGCUCGAUUUUGUAAUAGGAAAGAGAGAGAGAGAGAGAGAGUAAGAGAAAGAGGGAGAAUAAAAGAGAAGGAAAUAAGCCCUUCAUUAAUAAUAACAAUAUUCGAGCUAACACUGAAACAGCAGAGGGAAGGGUAAUUGAUUUUGAUUUCAAGCAAAAACCAUCUAGCGCCAGCAAUACCCAUACAUAUAUAUGUACGUUAUGUUUUCGAUAUAUACGUUAAUCAAACUUAGCUUUUAAGUUAUGUUUAGUUUGCUAAGCUUUGUCAAUAUAUAUAUAGCUCUUAGUAGUAUUGUUUCGUUUUAUAUACAAUGCUAAGCAUAACAGAGCAACAGAAGUUGUACAAUAAAAUUAAAAGAGUAACAUUAUUUA